AUGGCCAGAUAUGCCAAGGACCAGCCAGCGGGCUUCACCAACGAAAUUGAGAGAGUUGCAAUCGUCGGCGCCGGGGGUACAGUCGGUUCUCACAUCGCCAAUGCACUUCUCCAAACUGGCAAACACACGAUCACCGCUCUAACACGCCAGGGAAGCACUAACAGCCUUCCCAACGGCAUUAUUGUCGCACCAAUCGACUAUAACGACGAAUCAACUCUGGUCGCCGCCUUGGAAGACCAGCAAUUCCUCAUCAUAACCAUGGCUCCCAACGCACCCAAGGACACGCAUAGCAAACUAGCCCAAGCAGCCGCUAAAGCUGGAGUACCUUACAUCAUGCCGAACGGCUACGCUGGCGACAUCGAACAGGUCAAACUCGGUGCAGACACCAUCCUUGGACCGAUUGCGAAAGCGAACAGAGAUGAGAUUGAGAGGCUCGGUAUGAACUGGAUCACAGUCUGUUGUGGAUUCUGGUUCGACUAUAGUCUUGCCGGCGGCGAGAACCGUUUUGGGUUUGACUUUGAUAAGAAGACCCUCACGGUUUAUGACGAUGGGAAUGUUAAGAACUCGACUUCUACGCUUGCGCAGGUUGGGAGGGCUGUUGCCAAAGUUCUGAGUUUGAAGGAACUCCCGGAUGACGAGAACGACGAGAGUCUCACGGUAUCGACCUUCUUGAACAAGGCCGUUUACCUGAACAGCUUCAUCGUCAGUCAACGAGAUCUCUUUGAGAGCGUCAAGCGUGUUACAGGGACAUCUGGCUCAGACUGGACUGUUACUCAUGAGUCUACUAAGAAACGGUAUGAGGAGGGUAUGGCGCAGGUUAAGCGAGGAGACAUGUCUGGAUUCAGCAAGUUGCUCUACGCAAGGGCCUUCUUCCCGGAGGAUCCGAGUAAUGUGUCAGCGAAAGCACAGAACAGUUUGCUUGGUUUGCCAGAGGAGGAGCUGGACGAGGCUACGAAGGAUGGGAUUGCUUUGGUUGAGGUUUUGAAGGGUCGUGAUCUAGAUCUUUCCAUUGUGACGGAGGAUGAAAGGUUCACUAUGUCCGUGAGCAUCAAAACAAACGGUGUCGCCAUCAUUGGUGCCGGCUUAGGGGGCACCGCUCUCGCCCUAGCUUUGCAUCUCCAAUCUAUUCCAUGUCGUAUCUUCGAGGCCAGGGGCGCACAUUCGGACAUCCUUUCAAGCGGCGUGACGCUCACACCUAACGGGUGCCGAGUCUUCGAUGAGCUAGGGAUUUUGAAUGACAAGACCGUGAGGAAGACGGGGAUUGCUUUGGAUGGCCCGUACGCUCACCCUUGCUACUGUCUCUAUCGGCUCACCCUCCUUCAAGAAAUUAAGAUGGCCCUGGCUGAGAGGAACUUACCGAUCUUCUAUGAUAUGAAUUUCGAGAUAAUAAUCAGCGAUACGCCUGAAGGGGUUGUCUUCCAGGUUGGAAACGGGACUGAACGCGCCGCAAUGGUGAUCGGAUCUGACGGUAUCCAUUCAACUUUGAGACGCCACGCCACGGAUCUUAGUCCGGUUUAUACUAAUCUGUUAUGUGUAUAUGGGCAUAUUCCAACAGAGUCAGUGGAAUGGCCCGAUCAGGACUUUGCCGCUGGUUGUACGAUCCUAGGGAAGCCUCGCAGCCUUUUCAUGGUCCCUGAAGUGGCAGAUGGAUCAGAUCUCAUGAUUGGAACGCAAUUUGCGUAUCCAGAAGCCGAUCGAAAAGGUUGGGAGGCUCUCGCCUCCGACCCAACAUCUCUGUCCGCUUUAUUACGGAAGAAUUAUGAUCAAUGGCAUGGCACAGCGAGACUUGCUAUUGAUGAAUUAUGCAAACGCCCGGAGAGCAUACUAUGCUGGCCAUUCUACGCCCUGCCUAAACUACACAGCUGGUCGUCAUCUUCUGGAAAGGUUAUCAUGAUAGGGGACGCUGCUCACGCCAUGCCAGCCUCGUCGGGACAAGGGGUGAACCAGGCCCUAGAAGAUGCUUUCUCCCUGGCCAAGAUCCUAUCCUACGAAUGGAAUGAUGAGGUUUGGCCUAAGGUUCUGAGUGCUUGGAUACAUGAGAUGAUGCGGGCCACGAAUAUGAUGAGGUCUUCCGAGCUGGAAAGAUCGAAAUGGCUGCAUACGGAGAAAAAAAGCCAGUUUUCCUAUACUCAACCUGGUCAGGUAAUUGAGGGACUGCAAGCCUUGAGGAUAUACUUUGGGCAGCUGGCGCAGAUACUGACCUCGAGAAAAAGAGACGUUGUGCGAGGUGUAACAUAUUGCUUGCCAAGGAACAAAGAAGAAGUCGACAAAGGUUACUUCGCCAACAAGAUCCCGCGUAUGCGACCACUCAAGAAAUGGACCUGCUGUGGUGAGCAUGUUAUAGGGCCUCCUUGUAAACAAGAAGAGGAACACAAGCCUGAACAGCGUACCCUCAAAGAGAUAUCCAAUCGCUGGCAGUACACUGCAACGCCAUCAUCAACGACAAAGGAUACACGCAAAGCUGUCGUGAUCGACUGUGAAAUGGGAACAGCAGCAUCGGGCGAUUGCGAGUUGAUACGGCUAACGCUUAUCGAUUAUUUUUCAUGCCAUGUUCUGAUCGACAAGCUCGUCUGGCCUGAUGUUCCAAUGAGCCACCUGAACACCAAGUGGUCAGGCGUAACAUGGAAGAUGAUGCAUGAAGCACGGAACAAAAGGAAGUGCGUGCUUGGCUGGAGAAACGCACGAUCUUUGAUUUGGAAGUUCGUGAGUCCAGAAACAAUUGUCAUUGGGCAUGGUGUGAAAUCAGAUCUCACUUCUUUGCGAUGGAUUCAUCCUCGAGUUAUCGACACGCUUAUUGUCGAGGGUGAUAAUCAUGGCGCAACGACUGGGCUUUCAUUGAAGAAGUUAGCUGAGGAGCGGUUGGGGAGAGUCAUACAGAAAGGGAGAGGCCAUGAUAGCCUUGAGGAUGCGACAGCUACACGAGACUUGCUUCAUUGGAAUGUUGUGAGAAUGGUUAAGGGUACAGAGGCUUGA